CAGUUCGAUCCGCACUAUCGAACAAAUAGCAAGUCAGUAUAUAGUAUACCGCCGCCUCUAUAAAGCAUUGGAUGGAUAACCUAGGCCUACUUUUAGGAUGUUAUUAAACAAUUUUGCAAGGGAUUAUCGAAAUCAUUUUCCAGCUUACUGUCAAAUUGUCAAGACUGAUUUAGGAUCAACGAUUUUAUCUAACCACCGUGUUUACGACGGUUCUAAAUUGGUUGUUCAUGGAUUGACAAAGCAAUCGAAGGUAUUGGGUACAACUAAAUCAAGAUAUUUUUCAAUACCAUUAACAUAUCAAGGAAAAUUCAAGUUUAAGCCUCAAAUAUUUGAAGGUGUAGAAUCAUUAUUGAGAUCCCACCCAGAAUAUCUCGUUAGAGUUGUACGAAUAAGUGAUAAUGACUUACCUAUAUCUGUUGGAGAUAUAAUUAAAUUUAAACAUAUCGAUACAUUGCAAAGACCGAAGAAACCUUACAUAAAAUGUGAGAAAAUAGAUCCUAAAACUGGAAAGACCAAAGACUUUAAACUGCCAAUAUCAUCCAGAGCGGUGUUCGAAGAAACGAAUAGUUCUUACAACAAUGUUUACAGCAUUAAGGAUUUACUACCUUUCAUCGAAGAUCAGACGAUUUGCGUAGAAUUAGUUAUGAGGAGCAGCGAUCAAAAAGAUGAACGUUUCGAUCUACCUCUAAACGAGUCAAUUGUUCUACAUAGUAUCUUUGUAGACUCAGCAGUUUACAUUAGUUUGAAUCAUCCGGAAGCUCCGGCUUUUCACCUACCCAUUAGGACGAACAUAUACUUAGAAUUAUAUAGAUCUAUUCCGAAAUCGGAAAGUCCUCUACUCACAAAGAAGCCCAACAUAUUGUCUAUGAUGGAUCGAUGUGCCGAAAUAGUAGACGCCGAUUCUUUUCAGGCUCUUCUAACUAAUAAAUCGUUUGAUUCUAUGAGUUUGAAAAAAACUCGAGAUUAUGACGAUAAUUUAGUUUUCGAUUUCUCUCGAUCCGUAGCUACCUCAUCUACUACAUUCGAUAAUGAAUCGAUAAUCAACGGAUCGGUGUUUGCUGGCAAUUCAGGAACUCUGUAUAAGCCCAAGAACCCGGUUUCGAAAUCUUUUAAUGAUUUACUAUUCGACGCUGAAUUCGAUCAGUUCUACACCAGAUCGUAUACACCGCGUUCAGAAAAUCCACAAAGUGUCCACGAACGAGUUCGGUUAAAUAGCGAAUACUACGAACAACAAACUUUGGCUGAGAAGAACGCUAGGAAGCAACAAACUUCCGGGGAUAAUCUGCCCGGAACAGCUAGAGUCUACGUCAGGAACAAUGAGUCACACGAAACGAAAUUUUCAACGCCAACUCUAACAAACGAAACUGAAGAAAAUCCCUCUCAACAAAACGGAAAUGUAAAUGGGACAACUUCAGUAAUGCAUAGCGUUCCUCAGUUUCCAACAGGCGUACCUCAGAAUGGUAUAAUCCUACUCCCACUAUCCAUUCCUCAAACUAACGGAUCCGCUCAAAACGUCUUUCUACUUCCGGCAGAAUCUGAUGGAAAGGCGGACACGGCGUCACAGAGCGGAUACGUUUUAAUGCCGGUUCAAAUCGCUAACGACGGUAACAUUAAGAAAGCAUCAUCUAUUAGUAACCUAUCGACAAACAAUGGCGUUUUUGCAGGAAGAAAUGACUUUGAUAGUGACGAUGAGGUAAACUCCUACGACCUUUUAAAUGACAGACGAAAGUACAUAACAGCUGAAGGCUCUCGUAGAGCUGCCAAAAGACCUGUAGACAUUCCUGCCGACGGCGAUUUAUACAACUUCUCUGUAAAGAAAUUAACGGACGUCUUCCGAGAACUAAAUAUACCUGAAAAUACGGUUCAAAGGUGUAGAAAGGCGAAAAUUGAUGGAAAGAAGUUUUCAAAAUUGUCCCCCAUUGACCUACAAAAAUUGGGUUUGCACAGCAGUCCAAUACUUCAACAUUUCUACAGGAAUACUUAUAAGAAUCAUUUGAAACGCUAUUGAGGAAUAUAUAUAUAUAAAGCACUUUAUAUAGUCGCUUCCCUCUUCUUUGUACUUUCUUUUUUUUGUCUUUUUAUAAUACUUUUUUCCGAUUUUUUGGAAAAAUGCGCCAUCUAACGAGUUAAUUUGAAUGUUUAUAAUAGAUUAAAAAUUAACUCACGAAUGUAUAAUUGACUUAAUCUAAUAAAUGAUAAUUUUGUUCUUUAAAUGCUGAAUCAAAUAAAACUUUAUGAAUAAAUAUUUUUUUAUU